CGGGGCGUCUGGGUCGGGCGGCUGGCUGGCUGGCUGGCGGGAUGGAGGCGACUUUGGAGCAGCACUUGGAGGACACAAUGAAGAAUCCAUCCAUUGUUGGAGUCCUGUGCACAGACUCACAAGGGCUUAACCUGGGCUGCCGUGGGACCCUGUCAGAUGAGCACGCUGGGGUGAUAUCUGUUCUAGCCCAGCAGGCAGCUAAGCUAACCUCAGACCCCACUGAUAUUCCUGUGGUGUGUCUAGAAUCAGAUAAUGGGUCUUCCGCUUCGCUUUCCAGGAACGUCAUGAUCCAGAAACACGACGGCAUCACAGUGGCCGUGCACAAAAUGGCCUCCUAACGUCGCCCCGCGGGUCCCGGCAGCCUGUCUGUGUUCAUUAUCUUACACUGUGAAAGCUUCAGUGGUUACGCUCUUUGUUGAUUGUGCUUUGGGCACUUUUGUAUUAAUUUUAGGGUAAGUUGCUUUUGGACACUAGGGACUGACUUAUCAAAAUAUUAGUAAGGACGGAUCUUGUUUUGCAGCAGCAGGCCCAGGUGACUUUGUAUAUAGAAUUGUUAUGUUCAAUAAAUCUGGUUGGAGGAAAGCUUG